UAAAGUUUCUUUCUUCAUCCAAGCAAUGGAUCGAGAUCGCAUGCAAUGGGGAGGAAAACUAGAGUAUCUUUUCACGUGCUUUGGAUACACUGUAGGACUGGGAAACAUUUGGAGAUUCCCUUAUAAAUGUUAUAUCCAUGGAGGCGGAGCAUUCAUCAUACCUUAUCUGCUGACGGUCGUGCUUUGUUCAUUUCCAAUUUUAUUUCUAGAAAUGUUCAUGGGUCAGUUUUCAUCAGAGGGACCAAUCACCGUUUGGAAAUUUUGUCCACUCUUUAAAGGAGUCGGGUGGGCAAUUAUCUUCAAUAUUUUCAUGACGAAUGUGAAUUACAUCGUCAUCGUCAUGUAUUCCUUUUACUACAUGCUCGUAGCGUUUGUAAACAUUGGCGGACCGUUACCAUGGCAAGAGUGUCAAAAACCCUGGGCCACUCCACAAUGCAGAAAUGAACCCUUUCCAAAUUAUGAUGCGAUCGACGACAAUAGCCAGAAAAUUAGUACAUUGCGACAUUUCAUGGAUGAAUCGUGUAUAAAGAGAACAGGCAAUGGCAGUGUCGACCCAGAACUGUUCAGUGAUUUUCGAGCAAAGUACAAGUUGUGUGAGAUAAUGUACCACUCGCCAGAAGAAGAAUAUUGGAACAGGUUUGUUCUUGGUGUUCACGAGUCUGACGGGCUAGACGACCUUGGUCCAGUAGUAGGCAGGAACGCUUUAACACUACUUCUUGUUUGGCUAAUGGUGUUUUACUGUUGCGUAAGAGGCAUACGAAAACUUGCAAAGGUAAUAUAUUUUACAGCCUCUUUUCCGUUCCUGGUUUUGCUCAUUUUAUUCGUUCGUGGUAUGACCUUGGAAGGUCAUGAAAUUGGGAUCAAAUACUACACGGAACCAGACUACGGGAAACUCUCCAAUAUGGCGAUCUGGUCGAGCGCCGCCACGCAGGCAAUGUAUUCUAUAGGCGUAGCAUUUGGUGCCCAUAUCGCUCUUGCAAGCCACAACAAGUUCAAUAACAGCGUUUUUCGGGAUGCCAUUAUUCUUGGUUGUGUUAAUACCAUUACCAGUAUCGGCGGAGGAUUCGUAGUGUUUGCGUUCCUUGGGCACGCCUCGUACAUAUUGAACCGACCUAUAGAUACCAUCUUCGACCAUGGGCCGGGUCUAAUAUUCAUCUCCUAUCUACAAGGAAUCUCGCAGUUACCAGGAUCCGCGGUAUGGGCGUUCCUGUUUUUCAUGGUCGUACUAACAUUGGGCGUUGACUCUGUGUUUAUUAUGGUGUGGACUGUUUAUGGAGCAAUCGAAGAUGUGUUCCCGGCGAUAUUCCACAAAAGAGGGACAUUAAUUCUCGUUGCCAUGUGUGUCGUGCCGUACCUUCUUGGACUUCCACUAAUCACUAAUGGCGGUAUACACUUGCUUGUUGUCAUGGACCGCUAUACCGCGGAUUUCACGUUAACGCUGUUUCUAAUUCUGGAAAGCGUUGCAGUGUGCUGGGUUUAUGGAUUGAGGCGAUUCAUUGCGGAUGUGGAGAUGAUGACUGGAAGGAAAUCCAGGAUUUUCAAAUGGUACUGGAUGGCAACUUGGGGUGUCACAGCUCCAGCAUUUGGAACGUUUAUAUUUAUUGCUUCUGCGGUUGGAUACACGUCAGUCAGCUAUAACGGAAUACAGACAACGGCAGGCGGCGAGGCGUAUGGGUGGAUAUUAAUUGUUACACCGUUUCUUAUUAUGCUUGGCGUGGCUGCAUACGAAAUCAAGAAAAAUAAAGGGGUGAGGGCGGCAACAUUCGAAGCCAGUGACUGGGCGCCUCGGCUGAGGGCGGAUAGACAAGGCCGCUACCUGAAUGAGUAUAUACACCCCAUAGAGCCCAUGAGUAGAAUGAACUCUUACAGAAGUGAUACAAGUUUUGGAAUUUCUAGGGACCCGGAGCCAACUUUCGACGGAAACCCAACAGUUAAUGGAGGCUAUCUAAGCUUUGCACCUGAUGGGGUCGCAAGCUCGGGCGUCCCUUCAGACUGUUUUAGUUUUGAACAGAAUGACGUACCGGGUUCGAGCACAAGCAGCAGCGACGAUAAUAAGAUACACAAUGCUACUGGACUGGCUGACCAGCAAGGACCGGCUCCACAUGUAAACUUUGUUUAAAUACCUAUCUUCACUUUUCGUUUUCUCGGUAGCACUGUGGCAACAGAGUUAAUUUUCUGAUAACAUUCAAUGGAAAUAAUUCCCUACUGCUAGAAAAUUAUGGAUAGAUUUAGGCAUUCAUGCAGUUACGGACAGAAUUUAUCUUCUUAGAGGCAUAAAUAAUAUUUUGCUGAUACACAUGACAUAAAUCCAAAUUAAUCUACAUUCAGAAUUAUAAACGAGAAAUUUACACAUUUUGUUUAUUUCAAAAUGAGCAUGCUUUAAUGUAAAGCGCUACACAUAUGCCAGUUUAUAAAAAUCGAAUCAAUUAAUGUGAUAAAUGUUUGCAUUUUUAAAGUCAAAGUUCGGAACGAAGACUGAUACACACUGUAGCUAGAGUAAGGUAAUGGUCACGUGAUGACAUUCACUGAUACACACUGUAUCAAUGCUACGAGUAAGGUAAUGGUCACGUGAUGACAUUCACUGAUACACACUGUAUCAAUGCUACGAGUAAGGUAAUGGUCACGUGAUGACAUUCGGUAUUUUCCGUCCGUUUACGUAUUCUCCGUGUUAUCUAGGUUAAAGGUCAGUAAUUCAAAUCCUUCUUUGUUUCAUAUAAAAAACGACAACUUCAUGUCGUCUUUACGUAUCUUUAGAGAACAUCACUUUUUCCUACACCAAUUUUUCAUGAAAGUUCUAUCACAAAUUAACGCAAAAAUGAAAAGAAAAUAGGGGGUCGAAUAGUUCCUAGUGAAAUGCCAGUCAGCUACCCUAAAAAUGGCGCAUAUUUGCUCUCCUCUGCGCAAUAAACACCUACUUCCGGUUUCGAUCUGCAAAACUUGCCAUGUGGGUUGUAUGAACAUGAAAACCGUCUCAUUUCAUGCAGAAUGUAUUCUAGUAGCGAAAAAGUGUGCUUAAAGCACUCGUUCUACACGAAUUUUCGCAGAAAAUGGGAAAAUUAGGAUCUAUUUAUUAUGGACUUCUUUCGACUACACCACGGAAGCACAUUUUCGACCGAAUUACUGGCCUUAUUCCUCUAACUAUGCGAUUUCGGCAUUUUCCGUGUGUUAUGGAAAAAAAUUUUUUUUGGUCGAAGGAUGCUGAAAUCGCAUGAAAUCGCAUAUAAUCGCACGAUCCCAUUACAAAUUUUACCGUAACUUUGUACAAGUCAGCUUUGGACUUUUAAAGGGUAUAGCGUAGUACCAUGGGACAGAAAUUUGCACUCCAUGUCACAUUUUACAGCACAUUGCUCCGAUUAACAUUUUGUUCAUUUGGCAUCAAUUAGACGUUGGCCAUGUUCCAAAACGACAGUGUAUAUACACACAAAAAGCCCAGUUUUCUUUAGGAACACUUGAACUUGAGAUUGAACGUGGAAUAUAUUUCAUUGUAACAAGUAAUGUAACAAGUAAUGAGAAAAUAUGUGUACCAUGUCAUUUAAAAUUGAAGACGAGUUGCAUUUUCUCUUUAAAAUGUGACGGUCAGUCUAUUUGGUGGCAGACUUCUUUCAAAGUACCAUAAAUAUACACGUUUGCAUACAGAUUACUUGUAAAUAGCAAGUCAAUGAGAUAAAACCACUUGACAAGCUUAUAUUAUAAUUAUAUCAUUAUUUUCGCCUUGAAAUAAAGUGUUUAUGUAAAAAGUAUAUAAAGCUAUGAAUCACGGUAAUACAAACCUAUUGAAAAACUAAAGAGAAGUAUAUCUAAUAUAGACAGAAGUAUAUCUAAUGGACGUACUUUUAGGAAAAAAUGAUUAUUUCAAACCUAGUUUUCUUCAAAAUUGCACUGAACAGAUCAUUGAAACUUCGAUGAAAUAACAAUUUAUUCCAGAGUAUGUAUUAGAUGCUUGGACUUACUAUGUUGCUUCUUUAAUAUUAUUUGCUAAAGAAAUAACAAUUUUUACCUAAUAUCAUAUAGGUAACAACUUACUAAUCCGUUUCCUUUUUCCUUUCAUACAAACAGUUACUUCAACGUAUGUUAUAUUUAGUACUUUAGAGCAUUUCAUUUAUAUGAAUGAAACUUUAUAUAUGGCCAGUUUCUUCUACGAAGUAUGUUAGAAUAUUGAGAUGUUAUGUUUGUUUAGCGAAGUGUUUGCCACGGAUAAGAAAUAAUUUAGAUUGUCUUUAUUUCUUUUUGAAUCCAGUGUUUUCUUUAUUUUUGUUGUACCGGAAAUGCAUAUUCUUGCAUAGCGGACAGGAUUUUCUAGUGACUUUGCCGGUGCUGGAAAAAACUCGUCCCAUACCUCGGGGUGUUAUAUCACUUACGUGCUGAACUUUGUGAAUGGAUGCGUAAAUUCAUACACUGCUAUGAUAAAAUAGUGCUUAAAGGAAAAGCAUUCACUUUAUAUUAUUUCUUCUAUUAUUUAAGGAAUACGGUAUGCAAGGGAAAGAAUCUAUCACCAAUUGAAUGUACGUAUGGAAAUAUCUGGCUCUCGGGUAACAGUUUUUAUGGUUACUCUCCAGGGCCUCGUUACCGACUAAACAGCUACCCUCGAGCCAGAUAUUUCAAUCCGUAUCUUCAGCCACAGAAAGAUUCUUAUUUGUAAGCUGUAUUUAUGCGCGAAUAGUACCCACAGUAUUGCUAGUAAAACUCAUCUUGAAAAACAAUCCAUUAGAUAUUAAUUGGUAUUUAUUUGUUGUCAUAGUUUUUAUUCAAGCAUAUGCAUAAACUAUCGCUUCUUUUUUUAAAAUAAAUUUUAGUGAAUGUUAAAGGGAGAAAUUCUUUCCUUCUAAAUAAACUUGUUUUGUGUCAUUUUGGUGCAUAGAAUCAAAAUUCUAGUUGUUGCUUAUUGUACUUUUGUCUGUAUACGUGCAUGUUAUAAUCAUAAUGUAAAUACACUGUUAACUAUAAAAUAUAGCAAAUAAAAUCAAAACAUAUU